AGUAAUCGUCACGACGACGAGGCAGCAGAUACGAUUUGGUAGUAGUUCCGUUGGACGACUUUACGAACACGUUCCCGUUUCCGAAAGAUUAUUUACAAACGAUCUCACAAUUGCGAAUCAUUUAGCAUAUUGAUGGCAACUAGCUUGAUGUAUUUCAUUUCAUCUGCAGUGCAGUGGUGGUAGAAAUUGGUAGAAAGGCGUAUCUCGAUUCAAACUUGUCUGUAGCGACUACGCCGUAGCUUACUCGAUCCACUUUGCUCAUUAGCACAUGAACAGUUUAGAGACAUACCGUGCUGUGCUUUGAGUCUGAUCGGUUCGCUUUGGUCGUCUGUUGGUCGCUGAAAAGGUUAGAUUGAUUGUUGAAUAUUCCGUUCGCAUCAAAAUGCCUUCAAAUUCCGUUUUUAAAUUCCGAUCCCAUGCCAAGCGAAGCGAUCCCAGUGAAAGUAGUAAAGUUUUCGAAAUUGAACAAUGCAUGUACAAUUUAUCAGAGGAUUUUAUCCGGCAGACCAGCUUGAACGAUGCGCAGAAAACCGAAUCCAACCGCUCCACCGUUGCGGCGAACGAUGGCAGCGAGGAAAUCUUCAGCAUUACACCGGUCGCGCACCGGGUGCAUCAGCUUUGGGACAUUCUGCGCCAUCCGAUCAGCGAAGACAUCAUGAAGAAGCUGUGCUUCAGUGAAAUGCUUUUGGUUUGCGACGGAAGCGAAAAUAUAGUGGGUGGCGCCGCUAUCAACGUCAGCUUGAUAGCGGAAGAAGUAUUAGCAGCAUUUUCCAGUACCAGACUCACAUUCUUCGGACGCACGGCCGAAAGUGAGCUGAUGUCGUUUGCGGAUCGAAAUUGCCGCCCGUUGCAAGAGCGAAAAUGUGAAACGCUGAUCGCGGGCAACACAAGGCAGGAAAAGCAAAUACAGCUCUACUUUGACGAACAACACCACGUAACGGCCUACCGGCAAGAGAGUGAUGGCUUACAUUCCGCAAGCUUUCAAGGCUUGCUGAGCACGGCAGAAAAGUGUGGCGACCAUAGUAACGGGCAACAAAUUAUCGUCCCGGAUGGGCUGCAACUGCUGCUGCUACGGUAUUUGAUCCUGACUAACUUUGUUGGCGAAAUCUGCAGUCAGACGGUUGACGUUCAGGGCAGGGUUGGCAAUUGCAUUCAUAAAAUUUCACCUGCUGUCCCAACAGCGGCACCUUCGAGACUGGAUGGGAAAAUAUCCGAAACCAUGAAGGAAGUCAGAAAAACUAUCUGGUUCUCGGAUGGUUCCGAGCCAGAGGAAAGCGUGUCUCACUAUUCCGCUACCGGCCGUUUGCUGCGGCAUGGUUGGAAUAAUUCUAAUUAUAUCCUCAUUUCAAACCCUUUUGGCAGUCGACCGCCAGCGCACAUUAUGGAACUGGAGCGUAGCAUUAAGGAUUACGUGGAAGCGUUGUCCGGCUUGAUUAAAAAUGAAUCCUCCCUAAAGGGCUUGUUUGAGGAUAUCGAUUUCUCGUUAAAAGAGAUGGAUAGGUGCAAUCAAAUUGUAAAUCCGGUUCUUAUUGAUAUAAUAAAAGAUUUGUAAU